ACCACUCGCGAGCAGCGGCUUUCAAGCAGUCAACGCUCUGCUCUCAGCACCUCAGCAGGUCUAGCUCUUAUCACUGUGCUUCCCCGAUCGCCAGUCGGAUUUUCCACGCCUUCUGUUUGACUAUAUCUGUGUCAAUAAGCAGCCCAAGAUGGAUCACGAUCAUGACCACGGUACGGAUGACAGCACCAGCACGGCCAAGUCCUGCCCCAUGAUCAUGGUGUUCCACGCCGGACACUGUGAGCGGAUAUUGUGGCGCGGAUGGGUGGCGUCCACAGUGACUGAGUUCGUUCUCUCCGCCCUGGCCAUCUUCCUGGUGUCCUUCCUGUACGAGGCCCUCAAGUUCCUGCGCCAGCAGCUGGCUCGCCGAGAAGCCCGCAAGGAGAGCGAGCGACUGGCGGCGGAGCAGCGCAGGAAGAACGAGGCGCCGGCGGCCGGAGGAUGUUGCUCGGAAACUCCGCUGGCGGAGCCGAGGGAGCAGACCUACUGGCAGCGCCUGUUUGCCUCGACGCAUAUUGUCCAGUCCCUGCUGAACCUGCUGCAGAUCGUCAUCUCCUACCUGCUGAUGCUGAUCUUCAUGACCUUCAACUACUGGCUGUGUCUGGCCGUGAUCCUGGGCUUGGGUCUGGGUUACUUCUUCUUCGGCUGGAACAAGAAGAAUCCCGACGAAAGCGAGUGCUGUCCUUAGAUCUAGGAUAACGCUCUUAUUGGUUUUUGUAUCUUGCAAUUGUUAUUAACUGAGCCCUUAUCAGUUCUUGGUUCACACAUCAAACACUCCCGUCCCCAAGUAAUUACGCAAAUUGUCUAAAAAUACAAUUUUAUUCGAUA